CUCUCGCUGGCUCCGCGUCGACUUCCUGCUCGAGUCAGACAGGACAAAAACAAAAACAGCGAGCUGGCUGCAGGCGGACGGACAGACCGUGUUGUUGUCGCAGGCUUUUCCAACGACGCAGCUGCCGACGUCCCCGCUAACAACCAGUCAGCGGCCAUGGCGGAGCAGAACACGGAGGCGAAGCUGAAGAGCCUCCUCAAGCAGGAGAAGAUCCAGCUGUGGAAUCCGCCGUACACCGAGGACGGCAACCAGCCCGGCCAGCAGCACAUGCAGGAGCUGGCGGAGCGGUACGCCCCUCAGCUCAGCCUCGAUUUGGUCGAAGUGGGCGGAGCUCUGGAGUCCAUCAGAGUCCAGGCGGUGAAGAGAGGCAAAGGAAACCAGACGUACAGAGAGACGAGCGUGGCCACACUGGAGCUGCUGCUGCCCCGGGACACCAAGGGGGAUCCCAAGAAGAAGAGUUACCUGGAGAGCAGGCUGGACGUGUCGGUGCAGGAGGUGAUGGACAGGAUUGCGCAGGAUUACGGCCUCGAGUUCAUCAAGCUGAUCCUGAACGGGAAGACUCUGUCAGCUGACCAGCGUCUGGACGAGCAGGGCGUGAAGAACCACAGCAAGGUGAUGGUGCUGCGGGUGAGCGACGCCGAGCGGAGGCGGCAGGUGAGCGAGGAGCAGAAGAAGAAGAGCCAGGAGGAGAGCAUCCAGAGGACGCACAAGGGCUUCCAGAUCCUGUCUGAGAGAGAUGGCAGUGAAGACCCUGAGACCACGCCCUUCCUGGAGAUCGCCGACCAGAAGGGAAACCCGCUGCAGAUCCCACUGAAGGAGAGGAAGGCUCUGAUCUUAGCCAUGGGUUUCCAUGAGAAGGGCCGCUCUCUGAUGAAGAGGAAGCAGUAUGACGACGCUCUGUGUCACCUGCUGCAGGCCGACGACCAGUUUGGGUGCUGUGGCUCCGCCCUGCUCGGCUCGGUGGAUAACUACGCCGUGCUGCAGCUGGACAUCGUGUGGUGCUACCGAGCGCUGGAGGCUCUGUCCUGCCUGGACGACGGCAAGAUGAGGCUGCAGAGGGCUGAGGACUGUUUCCUGCAGUGUUACGGAGCGCAGCAACAGAGGCUGCUCAUGAUCAAGGGUAACACAGGCAGGGAGGAGGUGUUGUUUCUCAGACUGUACCUCCUCCAGAGUCUGCUGUCCUACAUCGAAGGCAACGAUUCUCAGGCCCGACAGCAACUGCAAAAGGUGGAGGCGCUGCACGGCCGUCUGUGUCUGGACUCGGAGAAAAUGGCCCAGCUGAUGGCGCUGGGCUUCAGCGACAGAGAGGCUCGGCUCGGCCUCAGAGCCUGCCAGGGAGACCUGCAGGAAGCUGCCAUACACAUCACCAACCGCAGACAGGAGCGCGAGGAGCUGAAGGAGCGGGAGAAGGAGAAGAGGAGGAGGCGGCUGCAGGGGAUCUCAGCGCUGCGAGAGCUCGGCUUCUCCAGGAGAGACGCUGCCAGAGCCCUGCACAAGGCCGACGGAGACGUGGACCGAGCCUACGCUAUUCUGCUUGACUCCGCCCCCACCGCCCAGGCGACCAAUAACAACACAGAGGCGGCUGUCAGUCCAGAGAGUGUGGACCAGUUGCUGUAUCUUGGUUUCGAGCGGGAAAUGUCGGCGGCGGCUCUCAGAUUGACAGGUGGAGACGUCCAAUCAGCGACUCAGCUGCUGCUGGACAACCAGGGCGUCAUCUCCGUCUCCCCGCCCCCCUCCUCUUGCUCCUCCUCCUCCCCCUCUUCUUCCACCGCCUCUCCGGAGGAGCCCAGCACCUCCUCCAAAUCUGAAGAGGACAACGAGCUGGUGAACGAGCUGUUGGAGGACAUCCCCCGUCACGAGGAAGACUACCUGGAUCUGACGCUGGAGGAGGAGAGCGAGCUGAUCGCCACCAUGAAGGCCUACCUGAGCCGGGGCGCCGCACACGCCGUCUGACACACACACACACACACACACACACACACUAAUACAAACAAUGUGACACACACACACACAAUCAGAUACAGCUACACACCAUUUAUCGCUCAUAUACCUUUAUAAACACACACACACACACAGGCAUCAUGUUAGCGCCUGCGCUCUGUUAGCCAGUUGAAGCCAUAACCUCGAACUUUAAACAUUUUUAAUUUCAUUUACAGUUAAAAAGCGACUCCAGACUAAACUGCCAGAGCAAAGGGAUCUGACAUCAAACCAGGAAACCAAAAAAAAAAAAAAAAAAACCAAAACACCGUGGCU